CAUUAACGACAGGGCUGGGGAGAGAAGCCGGCCUGCGGCUGUUUUCAGGAACUUGCCCUCAAAAGGAGAGCAGAGACGGUUCUCCAGGGCGGUCCUCCAGGCCGGUGCCCGCUGCAGGCUCCAGCAUGGGGACGCUGAAGUUCAGAAAGGUGAAGUAACCUGUCCAAGGCCACAAAGCUGGUGAGCACCAAGUUGGCACUAUGGUGGAGCUGGGAACCUGGAGCCUGACCAGAGCUGCCCUGAUUAUCCUGCUGCUCCCCAGAAGCCUGGAGGAAUGCGGGCACAUCAGCCUCCCAACCUCCACUGUCCGCCUGGGGGACUCCAUCACAGCUUCCUGCACCAUCAGCCCCAACUGCAGCCACCUGGGCCCGGAGUCACAGAUUCUGUGGAAGUUGGGAACACAGCUUCAGCUCGGAGAGAGGCAGCAGCGUCUGGCAGAUGGAAGCCAGGAAUCCACCAUCACGCUGCCCCCGCUCAACCGCCCGCGGGACCUUCUCUCCUGCUGCCUGCGCUGGGGCAACAGCGUGCAGAUCCUGGACCAGGCUGAGCUGUGGGCAGGCCACCCUCCCGCCGCGCCCCACAACCUGUCCUGCCUCAUGAACCUCACAACUAACAGCCUCAUCUGUCAGUGGGAGCCAGGACCCCACAACCACCUGCCCACCAACUUCACCCUCAAGAGCUUCAAGAGCCGGGACAACUGCCAGACCCAAGAGGACCCCAUCCUUGACUGUGUGCCUAAGGACGGAGACAGCCACUGCUCUAUCCCACGCAAAUACCUGCAGUUGUACCGGCACAUGGGCAUCUGGGUGCAGGCAGAGAACGCACUAGGGACUGGAAAGUCCCCACAGCUGUGCCUCGUUCCCAUGGAUGUCGUGAAGCUGGAGCCCCCCACACUGUGGGCCCUGGCCCCCAGCCCUGAGGUGGCCCCACCCCAGCCAGGCUGCCUGCUGUUGCGCUGGGAGCUAUGGAAGCCGAGCCUCUACAUAGAACAGAAAUGCGAGCUGCGCCACCAGCCACAGCUCGGAGAAGCCAGCUGGGCCCUGGUGGACCCCCUGCUCCCUGAGACCCUCCAGUAUGAGCUCUGUGGGCUCCUCCCGUCCACAGCCUAUGCCCUGCAAAUGCGCUGCGUCCGCUGGCCCCUGCCUGGCCAGUGGAGCGACUGGAGCCCUAGCCUGAUACUGACCACCGCACAACAGGCCCCCAUCGUCAGAUUGGACACAUGGUGGCGGCAGAGGCAGCUGGACCCCAGGACUGUGGAUGUGCAGCUGUUCUGGAAGCCAGUGCCCUUGGACAAAUACAGCGGGCAGAUCCAAGGGUACCUGGUCAGACCACCAGGCCAGACUGGGGCAGUCCCAGCCCUCUGCAACACCACGGAGCUAAGCUGCACCUUCCACUUGCCCUCGGAAGCCCGGGAGGUGGUCCUUGUGGCCUAUAACACAGCGGGGACCUCUCAUCCCACCCCAGUGGUCUUCCUGGAGAGCAGAGGCCCGCCCCUGGCCAGGCUCCACACCACAGCUCGAGAUCCCCACAGCCUCUGGGUGGGCUGGGAGCCCCCCAGCCCUCGGCCUCGGGGCUAUGUGAUUGCCUGGGGCCUGGGUCCCCCCAGCCCCAGCAGCAGCAAUAUGACCUGGAAGAUGGAACACAACGGGAACAUUUCCGGGAUCCUGCUGCAGGAGAACAUCAGGCCCUUUCAGCUCUACGAGAUCACCGUGACCCCUCUAUACCAGGACACCGUGGGACCCUCCCAGCACAUCUAUGCCUACUCCCAAGAGAUGGCCCCCUCCCACACCCCAGAGCUGCAUCUAAAGCACAUCGGCAAGACCUGGGCCCAGCUGGAGUGGGAGCCCCAGGCCCCUGAGCUGGGGAAGAGCCCCCUGACCCACUACACCAUCUUCUGGACCAACGCUCAGGACCAGUCCUUCUUCACCACCCUGAAUGCCUCCUCCCAUGGCUUGGUCCUCCACGGCCUGGAACCUGCCAGCUUGUACCACGUACGCCUCAUGGCUUCCAGCAAGGCCGGGGCCACCAAUAGUACAAGCCUUACCCUGAUGACUUUGGCCCUAGAGGAGUCUGAGCUGCAUAUCCUCCUGGGCCUCUUUGGCCUCCUGGUCUUGCUCAUCUGUCUCUGUGGGGCUUCCCGGUUCUGCUGCAGACCCAGCAGGAAGAAUCCCCUCUGGCCAAGUGUCCCAGACCCAGCCCACAGCAGCCUGGGCUCCUGGGUGCCCACCAUCAUGGUUGAGGAGGCCUUCCAGCUGCCCAGCCUUCGGGACCCCGGCAUGCCACCCAUCACCAAGAUCACAGUACUGGAGGAAGAAGAGAAGAAGCCGGGGCCCUGGGAGUCCAACGACAGCUCAGGGACCUGUGGCCUCCCCACCCUGGUCCAGGCCUAUGUGCUCCAGGGGGACCCAAGAACACCUUCCACCCAGCCCCAGCCCCCGUCUAGCACCAAUGACCAGGUCUUUUAUGGGCAGGUGCUGGGCAGCCCCACAGGCCCAGGUCCAGGGCACUACCUCCGCUGUGACUCUACUCAGCCCCUCCUAGGGGGCCUUACUCCCAGCCCCAAGUUUUAUGAGAACCUCUGGUUCCAGAACAGCCCCCUGGGGACCCCAGAGCCCCUCGUCCCAAACCAGGAGGAUGAUUGUGUCUUUGGGCCACUGCUUGACUUCCCCCUCCUGCAAGGGCUCCAGGUCCAUGGGGUGGAGGGGCUGGGGGGCAUCUAGCACUUCCUGGGACCCCCCCGCCCAGGCCUGCCUCUUGAAAGGCCUGGGCCAUCCAGAGGAGAGGAGAAUAUCAGUAAGCCCAUCAUGAAAAAAUCAUCUCGUCCCAGAAGGGCAGGAAGACUACCAGUAUCUCCCUAUCUCUGGUCCCCAGCAUCCUUCCUCCACCUCCCAGGCCCCAUGGGCUGACCCUGCCUCUCACUUUAGUGGCCAGAGAAUGCUUCAUCCAACCCUGCCCACUAGCCUUCUGUGUUUAAUUCCUGUAAUUUUAGUCUCUUAAACCGGUUCAAGGUUUGGUUUGUUUUGGUUUCGAGAAACUCUUGAGUGUGCCUGA